AUGGACGGUAAUUCAUCUUCUAGGGACUUAUCCUUCGAUGGAAUUGGAGAUUCUUUUGAGGAGCUUGAUAAUUCAUUGGAUAAUGCCUUGAACAGCGCAUCCAAUAACUUGUUUAAAUAUACUAAUAACAGCGGGAAUUCACGACAAAAUUCCCAAGGGUCAGUGGGAGCUAUUCCUUUGAUGAACAUGAUGCCUGAUAGUGAUGAACUUUUAGACCAAGAUAGACAACAAGCGCGGUCACUAGAACAGAAUGACAGUUCACCUUUAAUAGCUGGAUCGACAUACGGUUAUCACAACCGAUCUACCUCUUCCACGAGUAUUUCAUUGAAUUUAGGAGAGAAUACUUUUGCGAAACGUUUCAAAAGACUUUUCAAAACGCUUUUAGGAAACUUUCAUAGCGCAGAACUGGAAUUAAGGAAAGAGAGGCUAAAGAAGGGAGGUGCAACUGAUUACAGAAAUAGUGUUUCCCACAGAAGAAGAGGUAGUACUUCAUCAGAAAGGUAUAUUUCCCCAAAAAAUGGUGCAGCAAUUUCAUCUAAAAUCUAUCCUGACAACGCAAUAUCCAAUGCAAAAUAUAAUCCCAUAACUUUUGUGCCUGUGGUGCUAUACGAACAAUUCAAGUUUUUCUUUAAUUUAUACUUUUUGUUGGUUGCUUUAUCUCAGAUAGUUCCCCAGUUGAGGAUAGGGUAUUUGUCAUCUUAUAUUGUACCUCUUGCUUUUGUCUUGAGUGUUACUAUGUUAAAAGAAGCUAACGAUGAUCUUCAAAGACGGCGCCGUGAUAAGGAACAAAAUAGCGAACAGUAUGAAGUUCUCAACCGCUCAUCCUCAAUUGGGCAAGAAUCAUCCCUUAUAUCGUCGAAAGAUUUAAGAGUCGGUGAUCUCAUAAAAAUUAGUAAAGAUAGCAGGGUGCCUGCAGACAUGAUAUUAUUACAAUCUUCGGAAAAGGGUGGUAGUGGUGAAGCAUUCAUUAAGACAGAUCAGUUGGAUGGUGAGACUGAUUGGAAGUUGAGGGUUGCUUGUAAUGUGACUCAAUCAAUUCUGAAUUUAACUGACUUGGUUAACAACAUUUCCCUAAUAGUAGGAAAUCCUACAAAAUCAAUUCAUCAAUUCAAUGGUAGGCUCAUCUACCAUCCUAAUAGACAUACGGGCUCUUCAUCAUCGUCCCCUAGUAAUCAAACAUUUGCCUUGACCGUUGAUCAAACUUUGUGGGCCAACACAGUAUUAGCUUCAGGGCCCGUGAUUGGCAUUGUCAUUUACACGGGGGUGGAAACCAGGCAGCUGUUGAAUACAACAACAAGUAGAGUUAAAACCGGACUAUUGGAACUAGAAAUUAACGGACUUUCGAAGAUUUUGUGCCUUGUUGUCUUUUUACUCUCUGUUGCAUUAGUCCUAGCCCACGGAUUUCCUCUUAAGUCAACGUGGUAUAUUGACAUCAUGCGUUUUUUGAUCUUGUUUUCAACAAUAAUACCUGUUUCGUUGAGAGUUAAUUUGGAUUUAGCGAAGUCCGUAUACGCAUCUCAAAUUCAAAAAGACAAAGAUAUUCCAAAUACCGUUGUAAGAACCUCGACAAUUCCCGAGGAUUUAGGUCGAAUUGAAUACUUGUUAACAGAUAAGACAGGAACAUUAACACAGAAUGAUAUGGAAAUGAAAAAAUUGCAUUUGGGAACUGUAAGUUACGCUGGAGACACAUUAGACAUAGUUUCAGAAUAUGUCAAUAGCCUUUCUCCGUUAAUUGAUGGCCUCAAGAAGAAGGAUUUGGGAGCAAAGGUGUGCGAUAUAGUGCUAACCUUAGCUUUAUGCCAUAAUGUUACUCCGACUUAUGACAACGAAGAUGAUCUUACAUCAGUAUCCUACCAAGCAGCCUCGCCAGAUGAAAUCGCAAUAGUUAAAUUUACGGAGCUGGUUGGUCUUAAGCUUUUCAAAAGAGAUAGGCAUUCAAUUACUUUGCUUCACAUUUCAAACAACCAGGAGUUGAAAUUUGAAAUUUUAUAUAACUUUCCUUUUAACUCAGAUACCAAAAGAAUGGGUAUUAUAGUCAAAGAUAUGCAACGUGAUGAAAUAUGGUUCUUGGAGAAGGGCGCAGACACAGUCAUGGCUAAAAUUGUUAACGUAAAUGAUUGGCUAGACGAAGAAACAAGCAAUAUGGCUCGUGAGGGAUUAAGAACCUUAGUUAUAGGACGGAAAAAAUUAAGCAAAAGCUUAUACGAAGAGUUUGUUAAAAGCUAUGGUGAAGCUUCAUUAGCAAUGCACGAUAGAGACCAACUAACACAGAGAGCAAUAGGUCACUAUUUGGAGCAAGAGUUAGAGCUUUUAGGAUUGACGGGAGUUGAGGAUAAGCUACAAAAAGACGUUAAGACGUCAAUUGAAUUGCUAAGGAAUGCAGGAGUCAAGAUAUGGAUGUUAACGGGUGAUAAAGUCGAGACCGCUAAAUGUGUCUCGAUUAGUGCUAGAUUGAUCUCUAGGGGACAAUAUGUUCAUCAAAUUACAAAGGUCGGACAUCCAGAAAUAGCUUUGAGUCAUUUGGAUUACCUCAAGAACAAUCACAAUGCGUGUUUAUUGAUUGAUGGGGAGUCACUAGGCACCUACAUGAAGCACUUUCGUCGAGAAUUUUUUAGUACUGCAAUCAACUUGCCCGCCGUGAUUGCUUGUAGAUGUUCUCCUCAACAAAAAGCUGACGUUGCUUUAAUAAUUAGGGACUUUACAGGUAAAAGGGUUUGCUGUAUUGGUGAUGGAGGUAAUGACGUUAGCAUGAUUCAGUGCGCUGAUGUUGGUGUUGGUAUCGUUGGUAAAGAGGGUAAGCAAGCAUCUUUAGCAGCGGAUUUCAGCAUUGACCAAUUUUGUUAUCUCCUGAAAUUAUUGCUCUGGCAUGGUAGAAACUCCUAUAAACGAUCAGCUAAAUUGGGACAAUUUAUAAUCCACAGGGGCUUAUUGAUAUCUGUCGCGCAAGCUGUGUAUUCGAUUUCAUCCAAGUUCGAACCUUUGGCAUUAUACCAAGGCUGGCUCAUGGUUGGAUACUCAACCGUCUAUACUAUGGCCCCUGUGUUCUCUUUGACUUUGGAUUGCGAUGUCGAUGAACACCUAACUAGACUAUACCCUGAGCUUUAUAGGGAGUUGACAUUAGGAAGAUCAUUAUCUUACUGGUCUUUCUUCUUAUGGGUUGCAGCUUCAUUGUAUCAAGGCAGCGUUAUACAAUUACUAGCUCAACGAUUUCAAUCGUUGUCAACUGAAAGUUUCUUGCCAAUGGUAUCCCUAUCUUUCUCCAACCUUAUAUACAAUGAACUUUUCAUGGUUGCAUUAUCUAUAAACAGAUGGAACAAGAUUAUGGCUAGCACUAUAAUAGUCACGUUUUUGAUAUACGUCAUAUCAGUUCCAUUCUUGUCGGAUUAUUUUGAUCUUGAUUACAUAGCUUCUGUCAGUUACAUACUUCAGGUGGUUAUCAGUUUAGCAGUCAGUCUAGUUCCUGUUUGGAUGCUUCAGUUCCUUAGCAGGAAGCUUCGUCCUCCGAGUUACGCCAAAGUCCAGCAACAUUGA